AUGUCUGCAUCAGGGCAUGACUCAGGAAGCCCUCCUUCGGGGAUGAUAUCCCUGUGUGUCCCAACCUCUCCUCAGGCUCGGGCGAAGAGAAGAAUAGCCACCUUGAUGGAAGAGGUCGAACUCUUGAAGCAGGACAAAGCAACCAAGCAGAGGAAAACAACGUAUUAUGUUUCACAGGGUCGAGCAAUCCGUCGUUUGGUCGCCUUGUACACUCCUAUAGAGGAUUUAAUUGCUGAAAACGACCGACGGUGUGAAUAUGAAGAUACUUCCGGUGUUUCCACUGUAGAGCAAGACCGCCUACAACGUAGUUAUGUCGAACUUGUCAAGGCGUUGCCAUGGAUUCACGACAAGAUAGCAAGUCUUGACGACGAGGAGUCUGAAGACAUGCUUAAAAAGCUCAAGCGAGGUGCAGACUCGGCUCGCGGCGAUGACACGGGUACCCUUAAAGAGCUCGUAGCAUCAUGGGUAAACAUCGAGUUUUGUCCAACUCCUCUCAUCUCGACCAACGACAAGCAUCAUCGAGGUGUCAAGGCCGGCAUUCGAGACCGUACGACCGCUUUCAUCGUCUCCGAAAAUUCAUGGCCCCUAUUUAUGUAUCAAAACUGUGCAGCUGACGCCGGCAAUCUAGAGCACGGUCUCAUGAAAUCUAAGCUAUUAGUGAUGGGGUUGAAGGCCCUCUUUACCUCUCCCUCAUCUGCCAGCGAGAUGGAUGGUGAAGGUCAAGGCACCGAUAUAAUCGAGAACAAUCAACGUGCACGGAGACAAGAUCAAGCCAAGGUAAAGACAUGUGUUGCGUCUAUUAUUGGUAUGAGGAAGGUUACUCCUCGGGCGAUUGCAUAUACAGCUUGUCAAAUCCGAUUCGCUCUCUCUAGUAUCACUUCAUGGCGCAACGUAGACGGAGAUUUCGAUUACAAGAUAUUCUGGACCAAUAUCGUAGAUUUCUUCGAGGAUGCUCCGGGUCCAGCUGCGCAAGCCAGGGUCAAUGAACUUCUUGAGUGGUGGACCAGAAAAGUUUUUGGAAGAAAUCACAGACAAGACUUGACGUCGGACGUAAUUUCCCGGAUGUCCGUCCGUACACUUGCUGCUCAGAGACUAGCGAUGGAAGAUGCUGCAUUGGAUUCUGACUCUUGA